ACAUGACGUCUGGUUGAAGAAAGAGCUAAGAGCUAGCAAGGAAGCAAACAGUUUUAUGUUACUCGCGAAGUUAAAAGGGGGAGAUGUCGCCACGGUCCAAGUCUCAGACCGCUCAGUCUAAUAGCCACAGUGGCUGCUGAAGUAGAUAUUUUGUAGAAAUUCCAAUUCUUACAAAGGAAUGAGCGAUAAGGAAGUCGGGCGAAAAAGUAGCUAGCUUGGCUGCUAGCUGACGAUAGCAAGGACUUCUUUGUUUUGUUUUUCGUGUAAACAUGAAGAGAAACUAGCUUGGAUGUUAGCUUUAACAUUUAACGUUUAUGUAGGCGUUUUAUAACCAUGCACAGGGUGUCUUUGGUAGCAGGUAGAUGAGUGUAAAUUCAUGGUCUCUGGGAUAGGAGGAAGACAAAACUAACAUUAGCCACCGAGAGCAACUUUAGCAACAAGAAGAACAGAUUGUAUUUUUCUUUCCUUUUUUUGUUUUUGUUUUUUGACGUCGGCCAGGAGGACACGAGCGGGGGCACGAAGAAAUGGGCAACUGUCUCAAGUCUCCGACAUCAGACGACAUCUCUCUGCUUCAUGAAUCCCAGUCAGACAGGGCGAGUUUCGGUGACGGGACGGAUCCGGACCUGGAGCCUCCUCCGCCGUACCAGGAGCAGGCUCACAUGCCCAUGUACCAUCCCACGCCUAGUCAGGCCCGUCUGGCCACCCAGCUGACAGAGGAGGAGCAGAUCCGCAUAGCUCAGCGCAUCGGCCUCAUCCAGCACCUCCCUAAGGGUGUUUAUGAUGGAGGGCAAGACGGCUCUGAGAAAAAGAUCAGAGAGUGUGUGAUCUGUAUGCUGGACUUUGUAUACGGGGACCCCAUCCGGUUCCUGCCGUGUAUGCACAUCUACCACAUGGACUGUAUAGACGACUGGCUGAUGCGAUCCUUUACCUGCCCCUCCUGCAUGGAGCCUGUGGAUGCUGCCCUGCUCUCCACCUACGAGACCAACUGAUUUUUCACCCCUCCACCCCCAUGCUUAGAUCAAAAAUGGCCCCUGCAGCCCCAAAUCCACACACAAACAUUACAUCUGCCCUCUUAUAGAGUGUGAGGAGCUAAAAAAAAAUAGGUUGGCUGUCGUCUUGCACUUUGAAAAUUUCAAAAAUUACUCACCUAAUGUCGGCCUUCUAUGCCCCCAGGUCUAAGUAAGCUGGUCUUAAACAUCAGUUACACAAGUCAGUGAGAAACUGUUUCCAGUCAACCCUGCAUGAUUGUUUGUGUGUGUUUGUCAUGCUGAAGCACCAUCCGGUGUUGACACAGAGCGCGUGUGAGAGUGUGUUUGAUAGCUGUUUGGGCUGUUUGAUGACUUUGCAUUUACCACUUGAGCCGGUCUCAGUGGUGUUCCUCCACAGCUAACCCCAGAUCACCUUCAUUCCCAGUUAGUCAUCAUUUAAAUGGACAAAUAGGUUAACAAAUUAUUGACCAAAAUGCUAAGAGGAUUUCCUCCACAUAUUGAUCUCCUAAACAUGCUCUCACAUUCAAAUGGCCCUACACUUUGAAGACGUGGGAAUACACAGCUGCAGAAUAAAUUUCUCUCCUGUUAGUCAGGAUUACAAAAAAAUAAUGCACACACUUUACAGAAAUCACCCAAAGUUUAUAAGUACACAGUUGUACUUAAUGGAGAUCAAGACUACAUGAUAUUCAUCUUUGGCUACGAAUAGCCUGACUUUAAAAUAUGCUUUGAGUUGAAGGGAAAAAUGAUGAUGUGUAAUGUGAAUGUUUCACCAGACGAUGUGUAAAGUAGCUGGCAGCCAAUGUAAAGGGCUCAUUUGUGCAUGGGCAGGUGGAUCAGUCAGUCAAAAAUUAGAAAUGCUUGCACACACUUUUCAUCUGAUCCAGAGAUUUGCACUUUACUUAUAGGACAGUAUCUAAAACAAUAUAUUAAUAUAUGUACCUUAUAACCUUGCACUAUCAAUACUUCAUUCCUUUAUUUCCUGAGAUGCAAAAGUUAUAUAGCUGAUAAAGAUAUUUUCAAAGCUGUCAGUAGUCACUUACCAUGUUGAAGUAAGCCUGAAGAUGUAUUUCAUGAAAUCUGUGAUUCAGUAGUGUGAGCCGCCGCUUUGUUCUGCUUGAUUUUUGAUUCUUGUGUGUUUUGUGUGUUAGUGAAGGGACAGAGGCUUGCUCAAGGUUCAAAAGUUCAACAUUUUGGAAAAUCUGCUCAUUCACUUUCUUGCCGAGAGUUGGAUGACAAGAUUGAUAACACUCGCAUGUCUGUUCGGUAAGCAUGGAGUUGGAGGCAGGUAGCUUGGCUUAGCAUAAAGACUGGGAACUGCUAGAUUGACCCUGUUUAAGGUUGAAAAAUAUGCCUACCAACACCCAAAGGUCAUAAAUGAACACCUUGUAGUUUAAUUAAUCUGUGCACAGACAGUAAAGUAAACAUAAAUGUGGUUUUACAAGGAGUUAUGUGCUGUUGUGUAUGUAAGGAUUGGUGACAAAGAAAAAACCAAAGUGUCUUAUUAAGGUGUCAGGCCACCGCAAGCCGCCAGAGCAGCCUCAAUGCACCUUGGCAUUAAUUCUACAAGUCUCUGAACUCCACUGGAGGGAUGAACACCAUUCUUCCAAAAGAUAUUCAUUCCCUCAUUUGGUGGUUUGAUGAUGGUGGUCUAGAGCGCUGUCUGACACGUCAGUCCAAAAUCUCCCACAGGUGUUCAACUGGGUUGAGAUCUGGUGACUGUGAAGACCAUAGCAUAUUUUUCACACCAUUACCAUACUCAUCAAACCAUUCAUUGACCCCGCCAUGCCCUGUGGAUGGGGUCACUGUUUCUCCAAUCAUUUUUUAUUUUCAGGUUUUUCCUUUUUAAUUUGUCGCCCGUCUGUAACUCAUUGUAAAGCAACAAAUUGUAAUUUUCACUUUGUUGAGUUAGUGAGCCUUAGGGGUGCUGGUAGGCCAUUUUUACCAAAAAACUUUUGGACAGAGCUAGGAUGGCUUCAAGUUUUCAUGCUGAACUAAGCUCAUCACCUUCUUGCUCUAGCUCUACAUUUACCGUAUGAAACAAGUGAGCGAAUGAUUGCAUUUCCAAAAAUGUCAAACUAUUCCUUUGAGAAAGAAAUAUAUGGAAAAUUUUGAGGUGAGUUUUAGACUUUUUAAAUUUGGAAUCCACAUUAACACAAUGUCACUUUCUUUGUUAUACAUCACAUUUUUUGUUUUGUUACAUUACAGUGAAUGUUUUUGUUGCUUUAUUUCCAUUCAUUGUCGCAGUAGUUACAAAAAUCAUUCUUUGUGGACUUGUUUGUUGGCAGUGUGGUUGUCUUUUUUUCUGUUACCUGUUUUAUCUUUUACCUUCACUUUUUUUUUUGUUAAUUGUGUAAAAUCCACUGUGUAUUUGGGACAGUAAGUAUAAAGCUAUUACACUGGUGCAAACCUCUGUCCCGUCUGAAUUUCAGAGUGUGAGAGACUUCUCUUAUGGUGUGAUAGUUAAAACUGAGAUAUCAAGUUUUCCAUUGAGCCUUUCCUUUGCUGUGUUUUUCAACCUAAGUUUAUUCUGAAAAUUAAUAUUUCCUGUAAUCUUGUUUUAUUUCUUUCAUUUUGGAAGGCUGAAAAGCCCUCAUGUAAAAAAAAAAAAAAAAAUAAACAG